AUGGAACGCUGGCAGGGAAAGGUGGCGGUAGUGACCGGUGCUAGUUCGGGCAUUGGUGCGGCAACUGUCACAGCUCUUGCAAAGGCUGGAAUGAUCACGAUCGGUCUGGCACGGCGCGUCGAACGAGUGGAAGAUCUGAAGAGUGAUCUUCCAGACGAAAUUCGCGCACGUUUACACGCUAUUCGGUGUGACGUAACGAAGGAGGAAGAUAUCAUGUCCACCUUCCGUGAAAUAGUGGCAAAGUACGGUGGUGUUGAUGUGCUGAUCAACAACGCAGGUGUUGCAAGAUCGACCGUCGGUGUGCUGGAUGCCGACAAUACGCAAGCACUGCGGGAUGUGAUCGACACUAACCUCAUGGGGCUGGUCCUAUGCAGCCGGGAAGCGUAUCAAUCCAUGAAGAAACGAUCGGUCGAUGGACAUAUCAUCCACAUCAACAGUAUCCUUGGCCAUUAUGUACUACCGUUGGGGACACUCAAUGUCUACCCGGCUUCCAAGUAUGCCGUGACGGCACUCACCGAAACGAUGCGCCACGAGCUGAGGUUGGCUGGGACAAAAAUCAAAGUCACGAGCAUCAGCCCUGGACUGGUAAGAACCGAGAUCAUCCCGAACAGUUCUGCGAUUACCAAAAUACCCAUACUCGAACCAGAGGACAUUGCGAAUGCUAUUCUGUACGCACUUGGAACUCCGCCUAGAGUACAAAUUCACGAGCUAACGAUAAAGCCGGUGGGCGAACAAAUGUAA